GCUCCUGUUUCAGUCAGGAGGGUGGAGCACCAACAGGUGCAGCACUAUAACAAAAGAUCUUUGAACCCGGAAGAAGAAGAAAACAACUUAAUAACAAGCGACUCUUCGUACAGACUGGAUCAUGGCUCAGAAGAACAUCCAGCAGGAGUUUGAGGACCAGUUCAACGAUGUGGUCUCCAGACUGCAGUCGAAGCAGAUGUUCCAGUCUGACUGGGACAUCGCUUCUUUUGCCAUCUUCUUUAUCUUCAUUGGCGUGGUUCUCACGUUGGUCUUGCUGGUUCUCAUCCGGUGCUGCUGCUGCGGCUGCUGUGACGAUGAAAAGCCACGCAGAAGAAAGGUCGGCAUAGAGAACUACGGCAUGGAGCCCUGAGCGACCCGGUCGGACCGAAGGAGGCCCAGCAGAACCUUCUCAUCCUCUUCCUGUUCCAAAACGCACACUGGAAUCAAAACGCUUCCGACAGAAUGUAAUUGUUGUUUCCCCAAAUGGAAAGUUAGCACACGUGAUCGUUUUUUCCCAGUCGCAGCUUUGUGGGUUUUGUUGCCAGGUUACCACUGGGAGACCUGUAUAUAGAUUUGCUAAAAUGAUUUGAAUGUAAUUAAAGGUUUUUACUGAGUAAUAAAGCAGUUUAGUGUUUG